AUGGCGGCGCCUGUUUCUGGCCACUACCCGAGCCGUCUAUUUCAUGUCAGGGAUCGAAUUUCGGGCUCAGAUUUUUUGGUCGAUACAGGAGCCGAAAUCAGCAUUAUCCCAUUACACCUCUCUCAACGACGGCACCCUCAGAGUACUAAAUUGUCUCUAGUCGCAGCCAAUAACACAGUCAUUAAAACUUAUGGCGAACAAUCACUUAUUUUAGAUCUCGGUCUCCGGAGACGUUUCACAUGGGUUUUCAUCGUAGCUGAAAUCAAACAACCCAUUAUCGGGGCCGAUUUUCUCGGUGCUUACAACCUACUUGUAGAUAUGGCAAAAAAGAAACUAAUCGACAAAAACACAAGCUUACAGGUCAGUGGCACAACUCUCUCCAGUUACGAAAUUCAUGGAGUCCGAAUGUUAAGACCUGAAAACAAAAUUUUCACCGAUAUCCUGUCGAAGUAUGAAAGUAUAACCAGAGCUGAUUACCAAAACGAAUGCUCCACACAUCAUGUCCAACACAGUAUUACUACUACAGGACCACCUAUUCGCGCCAGGGCGAGAAGACUCCAUCCAAACAAGUUGCAGUUCGCUAAGAGAGAAUUCGAACAUAUGAUGCAACUUGGGAUAAUCAGACAAUCUAACAGUCCUUGGGCCUCGCCGCUGCAUAUGGUUCCCAAGAAAGAUCAAGACUGGCGCCCAUGUGGAGAUUAUCGCCGAUUGAAUAACCAGACUAUCCCAGACCGGUAUCCGAUCCCUCACCUGCAUGAUUUUUCUUUAAAUCUACAUGGAAAGCAGAUUUUUUCAAAGUUAGAUCUAGUCCGAGCAUACCACCAAAUACCGAUGGCACCUGAGGAUAUCGAGAAAACAGCUGUAAUCACACCUUUUGGCUUGUUUGAAUUCUUGAGGAUGCCUUUCGGACUAAAAAACGCCGCUCAAACCUUCCAGAGAUUUAUGGACGAAGUAACUAGAGGUCUGGAUUUCGUAUUUGUCUAUAUCGACGAUGUUUUAAUCGCUAGUUCUUCCAUUGACGAACAUGUUCAACACCUACACACGCUUUUUGAACGUUUCAAAAGUUAUGGUGUUGUAAUCAACCCUUCGAAGUGUAUAUUUGGCGCCUCAUCUCUGGAAUUCCUGGGACACCACAUUGAUUCCCAAGGAAUUAAACCGCUUGAAGAGAAAGUCAAAGCCAUCUCCAGCUAUCCAGAACCAACCUCAGUAAAAUCACUACGCCGUUUUCUUGGAACAUGUAAUUUUUAUCGACGAUUUCUACCAAAUUGUGCCGACGUACUACAGCCAUUGACAGAUUUACUGAAAAACGAUAAAUCAAGUACCAAGAAAGAAAAGAACCAAAUAUUCAAGUUACCUUCCGAUGCCAAAGUAGCAUUUGAAAAAGCUAAAUCCAUGAUUGCUAAUGCUACCAUGCUCCAACACCUAAAUACUGACCCCACAACACUGUUGAUCCUGUGCACGGAUGCUUCACAAAAAGCCGUCGGGGCAGUAUUACAACAGCGGGUAAACAACAAGAUUACCCCCAUUGCCUUUUUCUCCAAGAGAUUAUCGCCAGCACAAGAACGUUAUAGCACCUUCGGACGCGAACUUCUAGCUAUGUACUUAGCUGUAAAACACUUCAACUUCCUCCUUCAGGGACGCGAUUUCACCAUUAUGACUGAUCAUAAACCACUUUGCUAUUCUUUCAAUACGACCUACGACAAACAUUCUCCACGGGAAGCACGACAACUGGAUUACAUCUCCCAGUUUACGACAGAUAUCCAAUUUGUCAAAGGAAAUACCAACGUCGUAGCUGAC